AGUAGCCCGAAAUCCCCUUCUCAGUUCCCGUCAAGAAACCAUUUUUCUUCACCGGAAUCAGAGAUUUCGCUCCAAACCCUUCAUUUUCCGGCGAUUCCCUUGCAUUUUUACAGUAGCAACCAAAGCCCUUCUGCUCAAGUAGUAAAAAAUGUUACACGUUUUCCAAUGAAUCUUUAUGAUGAGCAGAGAUUAAUAGAAGAAGUUCGAUACCUCCAUUCUUUAUGGCAUCAAGGUCCCCCUCACCCACAUGUCCACCCCAAUCUCCACCCCCAAACCCCAGUGAGUCUACAACCCUCCGGUUCUACUCAGUUUAAGAAACAAAAUAAGCAUAAAUCCAAAAGGCUGAAGGAAGCUUUAAUAGAUUCUGGUGUUGGAUGGGUUUUUCCAACUCCUGUUGAAUCGUCUCCGGUCACUGAAUCUGGCUGGCCCAGUUUCACUGCACAACCAAGUUUGCAACCCCAUUUGCCCACAGCUGAAGAAUUGGCUAGUGUUGCUGGGAAUCGGGCUCAGCAACAGGGGUUGAAGGCGGUAUCAGAGUAUUUGAAGUACUCAGUUGAUGAUGAUGAUGAGGAGAUGUAUGAGGAUGAUGAUGAUAUGGAAGUGGAAAAGGGGGAGAAAAAUUUGAACUUUUUCGCCAAGUUGUUUGAGGAGGAUGGUGGGUUGAGAGAGUAUUAUGAGAAGAACAAUGAGAGCGGUGGGGAAUUUAUUUGUCUUGUGUGUAGUGGGGUUGGUAAGAAAGGGUGGAGUAAGAGGUUUAAGGAUUGUGUGGGUCUUGUUCAGCAUUCGAUUACUAUAUCGAACACGAGGCAGGCACAUAGGGCUUAUGGUCAGGUCAUUUGUCGAAUUCUUGGAUGGGAUAUUAAUAGGAUUCCAUCCAUUGUUUUGUCUGCAGGUGGUAAGCCUAGUGAAUCUUCUGAUAAACCGGUGGAGGCUCAGGUAUUAGGCUCCGAACUUCAGACUUCAAGUUUUGCCAAUUCGAAUGACGGAUCCAAUAAAACAUUGCAGGGGAAUGAGGAUGCUGGUGGUAAAGAUUGUUUGAGUGGUCUAACCAAUACAACAGAUGCUGUAAAUGUUGGCACUGAUGAAUUAUCUCAGCAAAAACAGUCUUUUAGUAAUGAAAACCAACAAGAAAAUGGUGGUGGCUCCACAGCAUUAGAGCACAACUCCCUAAUUGAAGCCAAUGUCAGCAAUGAGAUUCCUGAAACAGCAAAAGAGAACACAGAUGGUGCAUCCAAUUGUCCGGGGAAUGAGUGUGAUGGUGGUAAGUUCAGCUUGAGUGAUAUAAGCAAUACCAAAGAUACUGUAAAUAUUGGCAGCAGUGAGUUAUCUCAGCAAAACAGGUCUUCCAGUAACGAAAACCAGCCAGAAAAUGGCGGUUUCUCCACAACGUUAGAGCACAAGUCCACAAGUGAAGCCAAUGCAAAUGAAGAUGUUAGCAAUGAUAUACCUGAAACAGCAAAAGAGAACGCAGAGGGUGCAUCCAAUUGUCUGGAACCAUUGCCAGAUGAUAUGAUUGUUGCAAAUGAAGAAAACAAUGAUGUUUCAAGUGAGAAUGCAACGUGAAACAGCUCAUGCUUUCAAGAGAUCAUCUCCUUCAUGAUAAUGAUUGGUAUAUGAUUGAGGGAAAAACUAUAAGUUAGUGAUAUAGGUGAAAUUAGUUUGUAGGAGAAGACUUAACUGUAAAUCUGAUGAUACCUUAGUGAUUUGUCUUUAUUGUGUGAAUGAAAUUGAGAAGAUGCACUCAUCAUUGGCUGUGCUGUUGAGAAAGUUUUUAUACUUGGGAGGCCUAUGCUUUAGUUAUUA